AGUUACCGCGUAACCUUUGAGCCAUGCGAACGCAUUCCAUGCACUGCGCACAGUAACCGGGAAAACUUUGAAAACAUAAAAAAAAACUUUAAUAACUCGACUACGUCACAACUCGAUUGGACAGCCUUUCCGUUCUUGUACCGUAAAGUUUUCUGAAGUUUGUAAACUUUUUUUUUAUACGGGUGAAAAUUCGUCUCUAGUUUCAGAAUGUGAUGCAUUUAUAAAGUGAAAAUAUUUACAUAACUUUUAAAAGGACAGUCAUGUACUUACGUUUGUUCGAAUUCGGUUGAUUUAAAAAAAAAAAGUUUUGUUUGAACCAUCAAGAUGAUGUCCCAACACUUAUCGAGCAUGUUCGAACAGCUCGGGAACUUUACAAAGAACAAUCUGACGAAUAAUAGCAAACUGGUGAAGGAGAAGGAGAAUAAGUCAAGUGCAAACCACGUAGGAGCCGGCGGAGGCGGAGGCGGGAACCAGCAGCCGUCUCCCUCCCACAAACACUGCCCGGCGCAGCCUUUGCCGCCGUUGAAGAAGCCCUGCAAGCUCAGAAAUGUGUCUUCGAAGGCCGAGUCUUAUGACACUCUGUAUGGAAACAGUAUUUUGCCUACGCUAUGCAACGAGAAGUCAUGUUUGGGAAGCGUCAUGGCGAUACCUGGCCGCGGAGACGUGCCACGGAGUCCAGAAGAAGUCCUCAGCGAUGCCAAAGACUUCCUCGGACAAUACUUUGCAUCUAUCCGAAGGGCCAACACGGUAGCUCAUGAAGCUCGCUGGAAGGCGGUUCAAGAGGAGGUGGUAAAGAGUGGCACCUACCAGCUUACCACCACCGAGCUGGUGUUCGGAGCCAAGCUGGCCUGGAGGAAUGCAAGCCGCUGCAUUGGCAGGAUACAGUGGUCGAAGCUACAGGUUUUCGAUUGCCGACAAGUGACCACAACAAGUGGAAUGUUCGAAGCCCUCUGCAAUCAUAUCAAGUACAGCACAAAUAAGGGAAACAUCAGGUCAGCUAUCACCGUGUUCCCUCAACGCACAGACUGCAUGCACGACUACAGGAUAUGGAACAGCCAGUUGAUCAGCUACGCUGGCUACAAGCAACCUGAUGGGACUAUUCUAGGAGAUCCUAUGCACGCAGAGUUUACUGAGCUCUGUCUGAAGCUGGGCUGGAAGCCGCCACGUACCGCGUGGGAUAUACUGCCGCUCGUGCUGUCAGCUAACGGCAAGGAUCCCGACUACUUCGAGAUCCCUCGGGAGCUUGUGAUGGAGAUCCAUAUGACUCACCCCACACAUGACUGGUUCGAGGAGUUGCAGCUGCGCUGGUAUGCUCUGCCAGCCGUGUCCAGCAUGCGCUUCGACUGCGGAGGGAUAGAGUUCACAGCCAACGCCUUCAACGGCUGGUACAUGAGCACGGAGAUCGGCUGCCGGAACUUCUGUGACACUAAUCGGUUGAAUAUGCUUGAGAAAGUAGCAGCCAAAAUGGGCUUAGACACGCGCACCCCGGUGAACCUGUGGAAGGACAAGGCGCUGGUGGAGGUCAACGUGGCGGUGCUGCACAGCUUCCAGCAGCACAACGCCACCAUCGUGGACCACCACACCGCUUCCGAGAGCUUCAUCAAGCAUUUGGACAACGAAAACAGAUUACGAUCCGGUUGCCCAGCGGAUUGGAUAUGGAUUGUGCCACCGAUGUCUUCGUCUAUCACGCCAGUUUUUCAUCAAGAAAUGGCGCUAUACUACUUAAGGCCCGCGUAUGAAUAUCAGGAACCAGCGUGGAAGACCCAUCAAUGGCAGAAGUCAAAGCCGAUCACAGGCAAGAGGCCUAUAAAUAGAAAGUUCCACUUCAAGCAGAUUGCGCGCGCGGUGAAAUUUACAUCCAAACUCUUUGGUCGAGCACUCUCUAAGAGGAUUAAAGCAACCGUUCUGUAUGCAACCGAGACCGGCAAGUCUGAACAGUAUGCGAAGGAAUUAGGAGUUAUAUUUGGACACGCGUUCAAUGCUCAGGUCCAUUGCAUGAUGGAUUAUGACAUCACGUCCAUUGAGCACGAGGCGCUUUUAUUGGUGGUGACGUCGACUUUCGGAAACGGCGAUCCGCCAGAAAAUGGAGUCGCAUUCGGGGAACAUUUAUGUGAAAUAUUGUAUGCAGACCAAGUUGGAGAAGACACGUCUGGGUCCUCUCAGCUGCUGACACCGAAAUCCUUAAUCAAAGCGAACACCCAAAUCGAAUAUCAAAAAUACGCCGUCGGCAAUCCGAAACAACUUAGCCGAUUGGAGUCUUUGAAAGGAAGUGCAACAGACGCGACAUCAAUCGACAGUUUCGGUCCGCUGAGCAACGUCCGCUUCGCCGUAUUCGCCCUUGGCUCUAGCGCCUAUCCGAAUUUCUGCAACUUCGGCAAAUACGUGGACAAAUUGCUCGGUGACCUCGGCGGGGAACGAAUCCAUGACCUUGCCACAGGCGACGAAAUGUGCGGCCAAGAUCAGGCCUUCCGGAAGUGGGCCUCCAGUGUCUUCAACGUGGCGUGUGAGACUUUCUGUUUGGAUGAUGAUGAAACUCUGCAAGAAGCUAAGAGGGCGUUAGGAACGGUUGCACUGAGUGAGGAAACAGUGAGAUUCACAACUCCCGAAAUUAAACCACCUGGAUUACUAAACGCCUUACAAUCAGCUGUAAACAAACAGUUAACUAAAUGUGUAGUCAUGGAAAACAAAGAUUUGGGAGAUUCAUCAGCUGAAAGAUCGACAAUUUUCAUUGAUAUGGAGCCACUGGGUGAAAUCAAUUAUGAUCCCGGUGACCAUGUUGGCAUAAUGGCUUGUAAUCGUAAAGAAUUAGUUGAUACACUGCUAUCACGUUUGAAGGACGUUGACAAUCAUGAUGAACCGUUGCAACUGCAGCUUAUGAAAGAAACCCACACAUCGAGCGGUCCUGUGAAAUCUUGGGAGCCCCAUGAAAAACUACCACCGAUCACUGUGCGUGAAUUAUUCACGCGGUUCUUAGACAUUACUACACCACCAACUACUAUUCUAUUACAAUAUUUAGCUACCACAUGUGACAAUGAUGAAGAAAGAAAACAACUUAGCACGCUUGCUACGGAUCCAGCCGCUUAUGAAGAUUGGCGCCAUUACCAUUUCCCGACUCUACCAGAAGUAUUGAAUCAGUUCCAAUCAGCCAAACCCAGUGCAUCACUGCUGGCAGCCAUUUUGUCACCGCUGCAACCGAGAUUUUACUCUAUCUCCUCAUCACCGAUUGCUCAUCCAAAAAGGUUGCAUCUCACAGUUGCCAUCGUUACAUACCGAACUCGAGAUGGUGAAGGCCCCGUCCACUACGGUGUUUGCUCAAAUUAUCUCAUGGAUCGUAAGCCUGGAGAUGAAGUUUAUCUAUUCGUCAGAAGUGCGCCAAAUUUCCAUCUACCCCAUGAUUUAUCCGUUCCCCUUAUACUGAUAGGUCCGGGUACGGGUAUUGCACCUUUUAGAGGGUUUUGGCAUCAUCGCAAAGCACUUUUGAACUCUCGCACUCGUUCUAGUGCUGGACCUGUUUGGCUUUUCUUUGGAUGUCGCACGAGAACUAUGGAUUUAUAUAGAGAAGAAAAGGAACAAGCACUUAAUGAACGAGUAUUAUCUAAAGUAUUUCUAGCUUUAUCUAGAGAAAAGGAUGUUCCUAAGAUGUAUGUACAAGAGCUAGCUGAAAACGAAGGAGCUGAAAUACACGAUUUGUUAGUAAAUAAAGGUGGACACUUUUAUGUUUGUGGUGAUUGCAAGAUGGCUGAAGAUGUAAAUCAGAAGUUAAGAGGAAUAAUAAAGAAACACGGCAACAUGACUGAUGAACAAGUACAGAGUUUCAUGUUUGUGUUAAAGGAGGAAAACCGCUAUCAUGAGGAUAUCUUCGGCAUCACACUACGUACAGCCGAGGUCCAUAGCGCCUCACGAGAGUCGGCUCGCAGAAACAGAGUCGCUGCGCAACCAUGACGGCGGUCUUCAAGGUAUUAUUCCAGUCAGAACCAUGCGGUGAACCAAACAUAAAAUUUCAGUAAACACGUAAUUUAUAAUUAAUAUAAUUAAAUUUACUAUCAUCUAUAAUAUCUAAGGCUUGAAAUAUUUUGAAUUAUCUCAUCAAAUUCGAUAAAGAUUUUAUUGGUCUUCUUUGAUCCAGCUUUUACUAGGUUAGGCAAUUUUAGUAUGAGUUUCUAAUAUUCAUGAAAUUAAUGAAGUAUUGUUUCCAUAUAUUUUUUUUUUUAUUUGAAAUGAGUUUACUGUUAUUAUGUCAGUUACAAAACUUUGAGUUAAUAUGACUGAAUAAUUUUCGUUAAUCUAGGUUUUCUGGAAAAAAUAAUUUUGUAUAUUGAAAAAUAACAACCUUAUCAUGUGUUUAAGAAUUUCAUAAAAUGAUGUGAUAUAUUUUCAAUUUGAAUUUGUUGUUAUUAUGAUUUCACAUUUUAAAGCAGGGUUGAAAAUUUUACGCACAAUCGGUUUAUGUAAUUUUUAAAAGUUUCGAUGAACCAUUUAAUAAUAUAAUAUUAUGAUCUUUGAAAUGUAUUUGCUUUAUGCUUUUAGAAAGUAAUUUUCAUAACUAGCAAGUAAAAUUCCCAAAAGAUCGCGCUUUUGAAAUGAUUUCCUAUUUUGUAUUCAUCUCCGCAUUUGUGACAUUCCGAUCUUCGAUAUCAUGUAAUUAAUGUGUUUAAUUGAAAUAAAUAUGAAAUGGAAUUAUGAUGGGUAUUUUUUAUAAUGUUUUAAAUUUCAUUGUAGUUAGUAAAAGCAACGAGAGUUUUAUUUUUGUUUAAACGUUUGUGAUUGCCAAAAUGUGUACAAAAUUUUGUAGCUAGGUUAUUUUGGUCUUUGUACAUAAAAUUUAAAUUUAUUUUUACCUUUAUUCAUUCAUUAUUAAAGUCGCAUUAAUGUAAUGAAAUUAAUUUUUUAACAUCCAGAUAUAUGAAGAGAAAUAUUUUAAUGCAAUUGUUUAAUAUUAUUUUAAGAUAGAAAACGUAAAGUUUUAAGGGAUAUUAUCUUAACUACGUAAUUUCUAUUGUUCUAUCAACUACGCUGUUAGUCGUGAAUGUUAAAUUUUGUGAUCUUUUACGCUAGUCCUAAGAAAUGUAUUCAUAUUUUCUAUUAUAAUAUUUCUAAUAACUACUAUUUCUAUAUCAACAUAAAAAUGAAUUAUUGUCUUUACCAGAUAUUUACAAAUCGAAGUCUAAUUGCACAUUUGGGACUAAAAUUAAUGUUAUUAUCAGAUUUCAUAUCAAGAUAUUCGCACUAUUUCAACUAUUAUCAACAUAUUUGACUGCGCGAUAGGAACAAUUGAUAUUGCUAUUUGCGAAUAUUUGAUUAAUAAAUUGUCUGUUAUUUAUCAAAUAAAGUUCCAUAUUAUUCGGAAAUGA